AUGGCAGCAAAACAAAAUAUUAUAAUUAUUGGUGGUGGAUAUGGUGGAAUAACUGUAGCAACAAAACUCGAAUCAGCACUUCAUAAAACUCACCAAAUCAUUCUUAUCGAACGUAAAACAUAUUUUUAUCAUUCUGUUGGAAGUCUUCGCGCUGUUGUUGAAGAUGGAUUUGAAAAUAAAAUUAUGAUUCCUUAUAAUAAACUUUUUAAACAUGGAGGAAAAGUUGUACAUGCUACGGUUACCGCCAUUGACGAAAAAGAGGUUACCGUUAGCACUGAAACUGAAUUGGGAACUCAUAUACCAUUUGCAUUUUUAAUAAUUGCUACUGGUUCUAAUUACCCUAAACCUGGAAAGUUAACUGCAGAAAAUAAGGAAGAAGGCGUUAUCGACUUGGUCACACAAAGAAACGCUUUAAAAAAUGCAAAGAAAAUUUUGAUUAUGGGUGGAGGUCCCGUGGGAAUUGGUAC